GAGUUCGUAAACAAUGAUAAGACGACAGGCCGGGCGGCAUAUAUUAACAAUGGUCACUAUACGGCAAAGUUCGAGCGUGAUAUUUGAAUCUGUACUGCUUUUGUGUAGACAAUUGUGAAUUAUAAUAAUAUUUUAGACAUUCGCAUUUGAAACACGUGGUCUGCAACUAGUUCUUCUCGUACAUUUCGUCAGCGUGUGGAAACUGCAAUUACGCCUUUGCACGAUGGACGGCAUCGUGGAACAGAUUUACGCGGAACCCACCGUUCCACCAGUUAUCGCUAUUACAGAAGUGGGUUAUCUGAAUUCAUCAACAUUUUUAGAUUGUGGCAUGGCAAUUGAGAAUACAUCUAAUAGACCUGUAUUAAAAAUAUUCAACCAACACGGUGGUACAGUCGAAGAAGAAGAUCCUAGUAGAAAGGAAACCGGAAACAAAUACUUAAUUUUGAGGAAUAAAAAAACAAAUAAGGUUUCAGUUUAUGGUACCAAAGUGACUUAUCUUAAAAAACCAGACUAUUUUAAAAUGAAAACGUUUGAAGACCAAUCAUUGACUGAUAAAAAUGAAGAGUUUAACUCAGUAUUUGGAACUAAAAAGUCAUCACGUAUUUCAAAGUCUAGAGUUAACAAUACUGUUAAUGUUCCAACAGACGUCUUCAAUAAUAUUUCUUGUUCUUCUGAUGUAUUGCAAUCUUCAUUUACUCAGGCUAGUGAAUAUUUAGUAUAUUUACCACUAGGAUGUAACCGUUUCUCUAAUAAAUUGGAAACAGUUUAUCCAGUUAGUACAUUGUUGCUUGAAAAUGAAAUAGAUCUAAUGACCGAUUAUGCAAAAGAAGUAAUAAGCAUGUUACCGAUUUCUUCUGACAAUGAAGAUUUAUCAAAAUUUUUCAUAACAAAUUUGAACAAACUACCUCAUAAAACGAUUCAAAAUAUCUGCCUACUUACCUUUGCUGAUGGACUGAUUGAAUUGUUGCAAUUAAAAUCACAUGAAUUAAAUAUUAGAAACAUUGAAAUUUACCCAAAUUCUGAAGUAAUAAAUUUUAAGGUGUUGGAUAAUUUUGUUGAAUACGCUGUAACUGGACGAGAUUUAACAUCUAAGAUGAAGGAUAAAGCUGUAUGUCAUAUAAUUAUAAUUAUGAUGUUAAUCAACAUGUAUACAGUUGACUUAACUUGUAUAUCUUCAUUUCUUCCAUCAAGUAGUCAAAAGAGAUUGACAUUGCUGAUGAAGGUAGUAGGGGCAUCACUAUUGAAAGAUGAUCCAACCAAGUACACAAUGAAAAUGCCAUUAGCAAGCCUACCUGCAUUUCAAAAAAUAUCAAAAAAAAAACAUUAAUAACCAACUAAAUUUGACUUUUGAUUUACACUUAGUUAUUAGUAAGUGUUAAUUGUGUAAAAGUGCCUUUUUAAUAAAUUUUUUUUUUUAAA